UGGAGAUGUUUUAGGGGGAAAGAUGUUAUCUUUUAGGAGGAGAUCAUGGGGCUCAGAGGCAAAACACUGGUUAUUCUACUUCUUCAUCCCUUCCCAGAUUGGGCAAAAAUAUGGACCCGUGUUUACAGUGCAUCUGGGACAUAGGACCGUUGUGGUCCUAACUGGGUAUGAGGCUGUGAAGGAGGCACUGGUCGAUCAAGCAGAGGAGUUCUCUGGUCGGGGGAAGCAGGCCACCUUCGACCGGCUCUUUAAGGGAUUCGGUGUGGCCUUUAGCAACGGAGAGAGGGCCCGGCAGCUCCGGCGAUUCUCCAUCACCACCCUCAGGGACUUUGGCAUGGGCAAGAGGGGCAUUGAGGAGCGCAUCCAAGAAGAGGCCGGCUUCCUCAUUGAGGCUUUCCAAGGCACAAAAGGGGAAGCCAUAGAUCCCACCUUCUUCCUGAGCCGCACGGUCUCCAACGUCAUCAGCUCCAUCGUCUUUGGUGAUCGCUUUGAAUAUGAGGACAAACAGUUCCUGUCCCUUUUUAUGAUGUUGGGCCAGUUCACACCACCAUGGGCGGGGAUACUCCAUGUCUUAUCUUGUGCACUCCUCCAGCUAUAUGAGAUGUUCUCUCCAGUGAUGAAGCAUCUGCCAGGACCUCAGCAGCAAGCAUUCAAGGACUUGAAAGGACUGGAGGUCUUCAUCACCGAGAAGGUCCGGCAGAACCAGGCCACGCUGGACCCUAACUCCCCCCGGAACUUCAUUGACUCCUUCCUGAUCAAGAUGCAGGAGGAAAAGAAAAAUCCCAACACUGAAUUCUUCAUGAGGAACCUGACCAUGACCACCCUAAACCUGUUUUUUGCUGGCACGGAGACCUUCCCCUUCCCUUAGGCCCUUCUUUGGAAGCAUCCAGAGGUGGAAGCUAAAAUCCAUGAGGAAAUUGAUCGGGUGAUUGGGAGGAACCGAUCGCCCAAAUUCGAGGACAAAGCCAAGAUGCCCUACACAGAGGCCGUCAUCCAUGAGAUCCAAAGAUUUGGAGAUAUGAUCCCCAUGGGGGUGGCCCGGAGAGUCAUAAAGGACACCAAAUUCCGGGGCUACCUUCUUCCCCAGGGUACAGAAGUUUUUCCCAUGCUGGGCUCAGUAUUAAAGGAUCGCAAUUUCUUUGCCUGCCCUGAAGCCUUCAACCCUCAACACUUUCUGGAUGAAAAGGGCCAGUUCAAGAAGAGUGAUGCCUUUGUCCCCUUCUCCAUUGGCAAACGCUACUGUUUUGGUGAAAGCUUGGCCAGAAUGGAGCUCUUCCUCUUCCUCACCACAAUCCUACAGAACUUUUGCUUCCAGUCUCCAGUCCCCAAAGAAGCCAUCGACAUCUCCCCCAAGGCGGUGGGCUUUGCCACCAUGCCCCGCAGCUACACCAUCUCCUUCCUGCCUCGGGAAUGAGGCUGAGCCCAAGCAGCCACAGCAGAAGCAGAAGGAGCCCAAGGGGCUCCUGGAUGGGGGGGACAGAGGAUGUAUUAAUAAAGUCUGAGCCUCCCAAACACUCUCUCUGCUACUCUG